GAAGAACUCAUGCUUUUCACAUACUUCCUCUUCUUCUAAUCUUCACCACCUCCACAUCCGGUCAUCCAACCACCGCAAGGUCUCUGUUCAAUCACCCAACCCGCUCCAUGGAAAAUUCGAGAACUCGCUGUUUCAGAACCAGUCAUCAAUCGGCCGCAGUUGAUUGCUUUUUUUUUGUUUAUUUCGGGACAUGUAGCUUUGGUGAUUAUUGCAUGUUCAACCACCCGGAUCCCAUCCCCGUGCAUCAUUCGGAAGCAAUCAGGGAAAAUAUGCCUGCAAGAUAUGCUCGUGUCCCAUGCAAGUUUUUUCUCCGAGGUUACUGUAGGUUUGGAAACUCUUGCAAAUUUGAUCACUCGCUAAUGGUGCCUCUAGCUAGUUACUCGCUUCAUUUCAAUGCCUUUGGAUUUCCCAAACGUUGGGGAAAGCCAGAUUGCUAUCAUUAUAUGACUACCGGAAUCUGUGGUCAUGGAUUAGCAUGUAUGUUUCAUCACCCCGAGCCUAUUUUCUAUUAUCCUUAUCAAGGGAAUGGUUACAGUGUUGGAUGUGAGGUCGUUGGGUAUCAAAAUAGAUAUGCACAACUUAGUAAUCGAUGGAAUCAAAGACAUGUAACUAUAACUAUAAAGGAGCCAUGUGUAACACUCAAUGAUAUUGGUCUGCCGUUGAGACCGGAAAAAGAGGCGUGCCGCUACUAUGAAAACACCGGAUAUUGUAGAUAUGGACGGGGUUGCAAAUUUGACCAUCCAUUAAAAUAGUAUUAAAAUGACAAGAAGUAUUUCCCAACAACCGAUAAAGAUGAGUAGUGUUAAAAAUAAGUUUGGGUCCUAUUGUAGUUCUUUUGUUCUAGUGGUUUCUUAUAGCAAUUUACAUACCUAAACGGGUUUAUAACUAUCUAUUCUCGUUGAAUGUUGCCCGAGUUGAAAUAGUGUUGAGGUUGUGUUUCAUAUGGAUGUAUUAAUGUUAAAACAUGAUGCAUAUGAUGAUAGAGGUGUACUUAUUUCCGUA